CUCGCGACUGUGGGAGGCACAGCAUUACCAGGGACAUUUAAAGGCAGUCCCGUCGCGCAUUGUCGAGGCAUCCACAUCACCACCAUCAUCAUCAUCCGCAAGGCGCGUGCCCGUCUGUUACUCUCCGUAUGGCCUGGAUGCUUACAUCGCGAUGGCGUCGUAUCGCUCCACAAUACCGCAUUUGGGCUUGACGUCCACGUCGAGGAUUCUCGUGCAAAAUUUGACGGGUCGAUCAGCUACCAUGCAUGCUCGCCUCUCCAUCGCUAACCGCACCAACAUUGUUGCCGGCACGACGAGCGCCAAGAACAUUGCCAAAUUCAGCCAAGGUGUCACGGGAGGAGCGGUGACACAUCCAGAGCUCAAAAUUCCCCUCCAUACUACCGUUCGCGACGCCAUUGCUGCGCACAAAGAAGAGACUGGCAAUCACAACUACGACGCCACAGCUGUGUUUGUGCCGCCCCAAGGGGCAGCUGAUGCGAUUCUGGAAGCCAUAGAGAAUGAGAUUCCCUUGAUCGUCAGUGUGGCCGAGGGGAUUCCCACCAGAGAUCAGUUCCGGGUCAUGGCCGCCUUGCACUCGCAAUCGAAGUCCCGCUUGGUGGGAGCCAAUUCGCCCGGCUACACCUGCGCAUAUGGUCCUCGUUUGGGAAUCGCUCCAGUCGCUGCCGCUCUACCCGGCUGUAUCGGCAUCGCUGCACGCUCCGGUACGCUCUCCUAUGAGGCAAUGGGUGCAACCAAAGACAUUGGAAUUGGGCAAAGCUACAUUCUUGGACUGGGCGGCGAUCUCUAUCCGGGCACCCGCAUGGAUGAGGCACUGGAAUUUUUGCUGUCCGACCCCACCACAAGCGGAAUCGUCUUGCUUGGAGAAGUUGGUGGGACGAUGGAAGAGGACGUCGCCUCAUACCUGCAUUCUCUAAGGCCGGAGCAAAGGGGCCAUAAGCCAAUUGUCGGGUUCAUAGCUGGCAGAGGUGUGCCGCAGGGUCUCAGAAAUUAUGGUCAUGCAGGCGCAUUCUGGACAGACAACGCGGGAGAUGCUGACAGCAAGAGGCGAAUGUGGAAAGAUGCUGGCAUCAUCGUGGUGGAUCGGGUUGGCGACACCGCUACAGCAGUGCGUGACGAGUUGUGCAGAUUGAGGCAACUUCCGGACGAGGUGAACUACGAGCUCAGAACCGGCAAGAAGAGAUAGGAGGACGAGUAAGUCUUCCCGCCAAGCACAAGUGUCGACAUGCCGCACAAGGUUUCUCUUAAUGUCAAAUCUCAUGCUCAGCAACGAUGACGUGACGCUCAAAGAGCCAAGAGCGAUGAGAUUUGCGACAUGGGCGGUGUGAAAUGACACAAG